ACGGUGUGACGUCAAUAAGAAGCGACGGUGAGCAGGCCUACGAAUCAAUACACAAAAAUAGGACGGGGGAGGAAAUAAGGUUUUGUUGUUUUUGGUUAAAUAAAUCCGUUUGAUUCAACGCAAUGCCGAAAGUGAAAAGGAGCAGGAAACCACCUCCGGAUGGCUGGGAGUUGAUUGAACCGACAUUGGACGAAUUAGACCAAAAAAUGAGAGAAGCCGAGACGGAGCCUCACGAGGGAAAGAGGAAGGUGGAGUCCCUGUGGCCGAUAUUCAGACUGCAUCAUCAGAGGAGCAGAUAUAUCUUCGACUUGUUCUACAAGAGGAAGGCCAUCAGCAGAGAGCUGUAUGACUACUGUAUAAAGGAGAGUUAUGCUGAUAGGAACCUGAUCGCUAAGUGGAAGAAGCAGGGAUACGAGAACCUGUGCUGCCUUCGCUGCAUCCAGACACGAGACACCAACUUUGGAACCAACUGCAUCUGUAGAGUUCCCAAGAGCAAACUGGAGGUGGGGAGGAUUAUAGAGUGCACCCACUGUGGCUGCCGAGGCUGCUCGGGCUGAAUCGUCAGGAUCAUCGCCUGGCUGUUCUACUCUGGCUCGUCUAGUCAGGUCUGGAUCGCCUGGCUGUUUUGCUGUGGGGAUCGUCUAGCCUGGCCUGGCUGUUCUGUUCUGGAUCGUCAGUUAUUUUCUACGGGACAUCAGGGCUCAUCUACUCCACCUGUGUGCUUCAUUACCUUGCAGCGGCUAAUCUCAAAUACACCCCUACUCUCUAGCCGACCACUCUCUAGCCCCCUACUCUCUAGCCCCCUACUCUCUAGCCCCCUGCUCUCUAGCUCAAAACUCUCUAGCCCAAAACUCUCUACUCCCUAGUCUCUUGCCCCCUACUCUCUACCCCCCUACUCCCAGUAUAGGGGUGUCUUUGUGAUUGGGCAAGGUUAUUGUUACCAUUCCAGCUGUUUAGUACACACGGUGGUCAUUAUUAAGUGCUAUUGUACCUCAUUUACAAUGAAGAGGGCUGUGGAACAGGGAAGGGUCAUUGCUUUCAACCUGAUGUACCUUUGUUUUGUUUAUCUUUUUAUAAUUUCAAUUAAAAACUCUCUUGUUUUAAAUAA